CUCACGCAACUCCGCACAAAUCAUGUCGGUCUCAACGCUUUCCUGGCCCGCACACGGGUCGUCUCGUCGCCGCUGUGCCCGUCCUGUCAGGUCCCGGAAACGGUCGACCACUAUCUCCGCGCCUGCCGGCGCUUCGAUCAACCCCGUCAUGCACUGCGUCGCUCCCUGGGCAAGAAGCCGCUCACCCUCAAGCACCUAUUAGGGGACCCGAAGUGCCGCUCGUCCCUGCUCGAGUUUGUCGAUGCCACCGGCCGCUUUGCG